AUGGUAUGCAACCUGCCCACCGAGCUGGUCCAGCUCGUUCUUCGGAGCUGCGACACUGCAACGUACCUACAGCUAGCGUUCUGCUGCCGCAGUUUGUUCGAGCUCGCAACGACGAGCCGCGAGCUCGUUCUGCACCAAUUACGCCAAACACCUGGCUCCAUGGAUGGCCUCAAGGCGCUUUCAACAAAUGAGCUUUUCCAGCUGCUCAUGAAGCGCUCUCAUCAAGAGCUAUUUGGCGCCGAGCACUUUUCCGAACGCAAGUUCAUUGACUUUCAUGGACAAAAGCUGGAUGCCCGCGCAUCGACUCUGGAAGUUCCGGUUCUCAAGAAUCGAGCUCUACUUGCAUUCAAGGGUGACGAAUCGGUUUAUCUCGUCGAUAUCCGGGCUGGAACCGUUUGGCCUCGGCGCCGUUUAGAAUCCCCCGCGAAGCACCUCGGAAACAUCGAAGUGCUCCACACUUCAUUCAAUAUCCACGGGGCGUAUGUGUUGCACCAAUUCCGGCCAUUUCCUGACAAGGAACUGGACACCACGCAUCCCUUUGUCCAGCAGGCGCUGCGGUCCAAGUCCCACGGCGACGUUUUUCUGGCCUACCACGAGUUUGCCACCGGCACCGUGUUGCUCUAUAGCUUCCACGACCAAAUGGAGUAUGAUCCUAUCGCAUUUGCUGCUCACCGCAGCGAGAAAUUUGCAAUCUCCUGGCAACACCGGCACAAUGCUCAGGAUCAUCAGGUCGUUCUCUAUACCCUAGAUGAUCACGACCAUAACCUGUAUGAAGAUGAGGAAGACGAGGACGACAGCCAGGGCGAACGGAGCGAACAGAACCAGCCGCAAGAGACAGAGAUAUCCCAAAUUAUCUGUACGGAGCACUCCUCUUGGAAGAUAGCUAGCAUACUGAUACUGCCAGGCUCUACCUACGACCCCACCCUUCUCACCGAGAUGAACGACACCAGGACCAGCGAUGCGGCCCUCGAGGGCAAGGGACCGACUAUGAAGUUGACCUUCAACGAUCGCGGGGGCCAAUUACUCCACCACUACCGAGGCCACACUCUAUUCAGCUCGUUCCAGCGAAUCCAUUCUAUUUCUACCGUGCCAGAACCCAACGUGAGGGACAACACAUGCGUGGCCGCAUACACGUCCGCGCUGAUGCUACAAUUCUCGAUUGGCAUCCCCUUCUUCGCAACGCACCGCACGGGCGAUCAAAGCCCCCGAAUGGGCACUUGUCACUGGCAAUACCUGGCCGUCGGGAUUGCCACGCACCGGGUGGAGCAUUGGACGGUGGCAUGCCUCCUGCGAUCCGAGUCUUUCCCGCAGGCGCACCGAUGCACCCACGUCAUGAACCUUGACCGAGGGCGACGCUUUGAUGACUGGCUGGUCCUGGCACAGCUGGGCGGAUAUCAAGAGUCGAACACAUCGCACGGCUCGCUCAUUGCGGCCUCGCCAUUGGGGACUCGCGUGGCCAGCGCCAGCUGGAAGACGGUCACGGUAUGGGCUCUAGAACCGCAGGUGUUGAUUGACGAGGAGACGGGACAUUACCCGGAGUCGUGGAUCAACUCGGCCGAGUUGACGGAACUGCGACCCGCGGUGAUCCAACUGGAGGCUGUCUGCUCGCAGCUUCGGUUCACAGACAAGGAGGACGAGCUCGUUGCUAUCACCGACCGGGGGCUGCUGUUCCUGGACAUCCGACCAUCCGGUCGAGGUGCACAGACGGUUGAGCUCCGCAAGAGUUGGAUGCAGGGCUAA